CAUCCAUCCUCCUGCCUACGUCCGCUUGCCCACUCUUCAUCCCUCGACCUCUCUCUCUCCACCCCCGCGGGUUUCUUUCUCAUAGAGCUUCCCUUUGUCAUUUGAUCUUUAUUUUUUUUAUCGCUCGAUUCAAUAUGUCACGCAGAUACGAUUCCAGGACAACCAUCUUCUCUCCGGAAGGCCGACUGUACCAGGUCGAGUAUGCGCUCGAAGCUAUCUCGCACGCCGGUACCGCCCUCGGUAUCUUGGCGAAGGACGGAAUCGUCCUUGCUGCAGAGAAAAAGGUCACCAGCAAGCUGCUAGAGCAGGACACGUCUGCGGAGAAACUCUACACAUUGAACGACAACAUGAUCUGUGCCGUUGCUGGUAUGACCGCCGACGCCAACAUCCUCAUCAACUACGCCCGACAAGCCGCCCAGCGAUAUCUUCUUACCUACAACGAAGAAAUCCCCUGCGAACAGCUGGUUCGUCGCCUGUGCGAUCUGAAGCAAGGAUAUACCCAGCAUGGUGGUCUGCGUCCGUUCGGUGUGUCGUUCAUCUACGCCGGGUACGAUCCCCUUCGGCAGUUCCAGUUGUACCAGAGCAACCCCAGUGGUAACUACGGCGGCUGGAAGGCGACUAGCGUCGGCGCGAACAACGCCAGUGCUCAGAGCCUGUUGAAGCAAGAUUACAAGGAGGACUGCGAUCUGAAGGAGGCCUGUGCUAUGGCCGUCAAGGUCCUGAGCAAGACGAUGGAUUCGACGAAACUCAGCAGCGAAAAGAUCGAAUUCGCAACGGUGGGCAAGACCCCGGAAGGGAAGAUCUUCCACCACCUGUGGAACGCCGACGAGAUCAAUGCCCUCCUAAAGGAACAUGGAUUGGCCAAGGUUGACGACGAGCCGGAGGCUGGUGAAAUCAAAUAAAUAAAUGAGCGACGUGUUUCUUUCUCUGCUACCUGAUCUACAUAAUCCCAUUGUUGUUGCUGGAGACUGUCCUACCGAAAGAAGUCACCAUCCCUAGUUCACACAACUCCCAAGUGCCAAUCCCGGGAGGAUCGAAUGUGACUGAAACAUAAUCCACACAGCUUCCUAGGUAGUUAUUGAGGCCUUUGGCCGCUGCAUCUCAGGCGCAACUGACGUUGUCCAUCGGUGACGUGGCAAGCGGCGACGUCGAUUUGAGCAACAAAUGGUUCAUUUCUAACGUUUGUUCCCGCUUGUUCAGGCCAGGUUGCCCAGGUGUGUAGCUGAAGACGAAAAAUAAAUGGUCCACGUAGUCGGGAAUUUUCACAUUCCCUGAAAAUCGUGAAGAAUCUCUUUGUCAGUAGGGAGAAUUUUCCCGAGUCGGUCUUCCAUAUAAGAGGUGAUCAGCCAUCGAGUUGAACUAGUAAUCUUUGAUUCUUUCUCUCUUUCUUCUCCUCUUAGGAAGACUUUCUUCCUAAUUUUUGAGAGAAUAGCGAAAAAGGAUCCCGGGAAUUCAAGCCAUCCACAGCGAGCACCAUCUACUGUCGAACAUUCCAGGGACCCGCCGCUGCAGAGGGUCUUCACUGUAACGUUCUCAAACACGUUCUGCAAGACAUCUUCGAGCCAACAGAGAUCCUAAAGCGGAAUAGUAGGAGAUCUGGCGUUCAAAAGAAUGUCGGUGAGAGGCCCCUCCUGACCGGGCUGAGCUGAAGUGAGCUGAAAUGGAAGAGGGAAGCGACGACAGAUGUUUCAUGCUAACCAUCGAUCUCCAUCCUCAACCAGCUGAAGAUUGACCCGCGCUAACCCCGACCCGGCCGGAAUCACGUGUGUCGGGCCCGCGGGGUUUCGACGGUCCCGCAGUAAACAACGUUCCUCCAUACUCUACA